UGGAUAAUCGAACUACAGCCAUAGUAGCCCAUCCUGUACCAAAAUUCUUUGCUCCUCAAGUUUAUGUUCUUCUUCCGGAGAGCUAUUUCAAAAUACCCACUUCGGUCUCUGGGGCAUUUUUUGUUAAGUGAUUCCCGACAACUGACUUCUACAAUGGCCUUUCAGUACCCGACUGCUUACCGUGACGAGGCGGUUGUGGAUGAUUAUCAUGGCUACAAAAUACCGGAUCCUUACAGCUGGUUGGAAGACCCCGACAGUGAAAAGACACAGGCAUUUGUCAGUGCUCAGAACCAGCUCACCUUGCCCUUUUUGGAGCGCUGUGAGGUGCGAGAUCUGUUCAAGGAGCGCAUGACUGAGCUGUAUGACUAUCCCAAGUACAGCUGUCCCUUCAAAAGGGGAAGCAGAUACUUUCACUUCUACAACACUGGCCUUCAGAACCAGAGUGUGAUGUAUGUGCAGGAGAGCCUCGAUGCAGAACCUACUGUCUUUUUGGAUCCAAACACAUUUUCUGAUGAUGGGACAGUUGCCCUGCGAGGUUACGCAUUCUCAGAAGAUGGGGAGUACUUAGCAUAUGGCACUAGUGCCAGCGGGUCGGACUGGGUGGAGAUCCACUUCCUGCGUGUGGAGGGUGCCGUGCCGCUGGACGAUCGUCUGGAGCGGGUCAAGUUCAGCUGCAUGUCCUGGACUCAUGAUGGGAAGGGCCUUUUUUAUAACUCCUACCCUGAGCAGGAGGGCAAGAGUGAUGGCACGGAGACCUCAACCAACUUGCACCAGAAGCUGUACUUCCACAUUUUAGGAACACCGCAGUCCGAAGACGUGCUGUGCGCCGAGUUUCCUGAUCACCCCAAGUGGAUGAGUGGAGCUGAGGUUUCGGACGAUGGACGCUAUGUGCUGCUGUCCAUCAGGGAAGGUUGUGAUCCUGUCAACAGACUGUGGUAUUGCGACCUCAAGACUACCCCUCAGGGCAUUACAGGACUUUUGCCAUGGGUGAAGCUUAUCGACAACUUUGAUGCCGAGUACGAGUACGUAACCAAUGAAGGCACAGUUUUUACGUUCAAGACAAACCUGGACGCCCCACGUUACCGCCUCAUCAACAUCGACUUUGCCUCUCCGGCUCAGAGCAAGUGGGCCGAGCUCAUCGCUCAGCAUGACAAGGACGUCAUCGUGUUCGCCACCUGCACAUACUCCAGCUACCUGUUUGUGUGCUUCCUCCACGACGUAAAGAAUGUCCUAAAAAUGUAUCGCCUGAGCUCGGGGGAGGAGCUCAGGACAUUUCCUCUGGAUGUGGGCUCUGUGGUCGGGUUCACGGGACGGAAGAGAGACUCUGAGAUUUUCUACUAUUUCACCUCCUUCCUCUCUCCAGCCAUCAUUUACCACUGUGACUUGACCAAGGAGCCUCUGCAGCCUCACAUCUUCAGAGAGGUCACGGUCAAAGGCUUUGACCCUUCAGACUACCAAACCACCCAGGUUUUCUACACUUCCCAGGACGGCACUCAAGUCCCCAUGUUCAUUGUUCACAAGAAGGGAAUCAAAAUGGACGGCUCCCACCCGGGCUUCCUGUACGGCUACGGCGGCUUUAACAUCUCCAUCACGCCCAGCUACAGCGUCUCCCGUCUCAUCUUUGUGCGGCACCUGGGCGGAGUCUUGGCCGUCGCCAACAUCAGGGGAGGUGGCGAGUAUGGCGAGACCUGGCACAAAGCUGGUAUGUUGGCCAACAAGCAGAACUGCUUCACAGACUUCCAGUGUGCAGCAGAGUAUCUCGUCAAGGAGGGAUACACCUCUCCAUCCAAACUCACCAUCAACGGAGGCUCAAACGGCGGCCUGCUUGUAGCGGCGUGUGUGAACCAGCGACCCGAGCUGUUCGGCUGCGCUGUUGCUCAGGUCGGCGUCAUGGACAUGCUCAAAUUCCACAAGUUCACCAUCGGCCACGCUUGGACCACUGACUUCGGCUGCUCGGAAGACAAAAAUCAGUUUGAGUGGCUCAUCAAAUACUCCCCACUCCACAACAUCCGAGUCCCAGAAGACAACGGGGUCCAGUACCCCGCCGUCCUCCUGCUGACGGGUGACCACGAUGACCGGGUGGUGCCCCUCCACUCGUUAAAAUACAUCGCCACCCUGCAGCACAUUGUGGGCCGCAACACCAAGCAGGCCAACCCUCUGUUCAUCCUCGUGGACACAAAGUCGGGUCACGGCGCCGGCAAGCCCACCAGCAAGGUCAUCCAGGAGGUGGCCGACACCUACGCUUUUAUCGCUCGCUGUCUCAAAAUCUCCUGGGUUAAAUAAGUCACGCCUCCCUUCAACGUGUGUUUUUGUCCCGCCUUUUCCUUUUACUGCCCAAGUCCCCCCAACUAAAAGAACUUGAAAGAACCCCAAGUCUAUGGACAAGACAUCCACAUCUUUCUCCUAAUGUCAACACUGAUGAUUGAAAUUGGAGGCAGACUUACUGUAAUCAGCCAAUCAGAUGCUGUCAUGAGUGUAGUAACUUCCUGUGUCACCGGAUGGUCCGCCUACAUAUUAUUUAUUGUUUACUUAUUUGUCAUGACACUACUUUGUGCAAAGUGGUGAUUCUGCUGCAUGUUGGCAGCAUCGCUACAAAUAUUAGUACAAAUGUGUGUGUGUGUGUGUGUGUGUGUGUGUGUGUGUGUAUGUGUGUGUAUGUGUGUGUAUGUGCAUGCGUCAUUCCCCAUACAGUCAGACAGAUUUCUACCUCUUGACAUAUGCUGAUUGUUAACCUUUAGAAAGGGAGCAAAACACAAUGUUGCAGCCACAAUAAAAAUCUUUUUUAAGCAGUGA